CUGCAAUCAUGACGUCUCACCAUGUUCUUAAAAUAUGACUUAUUAAUUAUUUGAAAUGAUUUCAACUAUUACUCUUUAGUUUGGUCCGUGUCCAUGUCAGUCACUCGGAAGAGGCAGGACUCAUGACCUGUACUGCAGCCAGCCACCAGGGGGCGACAUGACGCUUUGGCUUCAUGCUCUCAUGUCAUGAGCUUUUAUAAACGGUCCAGUUAGCCAGCGGGUUUUAUUUUGACACUCCCGUCGCCCGGCUUCCGGUGUGGUUACCCGGUAACUUCCCCGGCUCUGUGUCUCCGGGAUCCUCUGAGCUGUCUGACCCGGGCCAACACGAAGCUAAGUCCGGGUUCUGGACCUUGUCCUCCGCCGCUGUCGCUACCCGGAGCCCCGGUCCAGCCCCGGUGCCUCGCUCGGUAAACCCCGGUGUCUCCGGUACGAGGACCGGCAGAGGAACCGGCUCCAGGCGGCGUGAGGAGCACCUUAGCCGGGCUAAAGCUAAACCGUGUCAGCACCAGGUAACAGCCACGUUAGCUCGGGGGCUAACCGGGUUAUCUCUGGCACGGUUCCUCGUCCCGACACCUGGAGCAUCGCGUUGUCUGGCUCGGUGUCCCCGGUAGAUGAGGACAAAAGGACCCCGGUUCGGACACAUGAGGCCCCGCUGAACCAUGGACCUGAACUUCUACUCGGACCUGACGGACGGAACCGGGCCGCACGACGGGGACCCGGAGUUCCUGGACCCGCAGUCCUUCAACGGGUUCGACUCGGACCACAAGUUUCCCGGCGGCAGCGACAACUACCUGACGAUCUCCGGGCCCGGCCAUCCCUUCCUCUCCUCCGCUGAGGUCAGUAGCACCAAGCAGCUUCCGUCUUCUUCUCUUGACAUUCGAUUAAAUGUUGAUUUCCCCCCCCCCCCCCCACAGACCUUCCACACUCCCAGCCUCGGCGAUGAGGAGUUCGAGAUCCCUCCCAUCUCUCUGGACCCGGACUCGUCCCUCACCGUGUCCGAUGUGGUGUCCCAGUUCGGGGAGCUGUCGGACACCGGCCCCCCCGACAGCGUGGCGGCCCCCGGGAACGCCGUGGUGGAGGGCGACGACCCCUCCUUCGCCUCCACCUUCGUGAGCGCCGCCUCCCAGGGGCUGGAGCACCUGACCCUGGGCGCCAUGAACCAGUCGGGAGGGAGUGCUCUGCUGGGGUCAUCGCUGGGGAUGGAUCUCGGCCAUCCCAUCAGCUCCCAGUUCGGCAGCUCGUCUCCCGUGACCAUCGACGUCCCACUGGGGGACAUGAGCCCGGGCCUGCUGGGCUCCAACCAGCUGACCACCAUCGACCAGUCGGAGCUCAGCGCCCAGCUGGGGCUCGGGCUGGGAGGCUGCAACAUCCUGAAGCGCUCGCCGGACCACCCGCUGUCGGCCGGGGCGUCGCCCACCAGCUCGCUGCAGGACGACGACAUGGACGAUUUCAGACGAAGCGUCCUGGUUGAGUCUCCCGUGUCCCUGGCCGUCUCCUCUGGGGUCAUCUCCCUCGACCCCUCCCUGUCCGACUCGUCCUUCUCCACGCUGACGUCUCCGGCCUUCGUGAAGAAAGCAGGACGAGCAGUAGUGAAGCUGGAGAAGCUUCCCAAAGACCCCAACAAGCCUCAGAAGCCGGUGUCGGCCUACGCCUUGUUCUUCAGGGACACGCAGGCGGCCAUUAAAGGACAAAAUCCCAACGCUACGUUUGGAGAAGUGUCUAAGAUCGUGGCGUCCAUGUGGGACAGCCUGGGGGAGGAGCAGAAACAGGUUUACAAGAGGAAAAACGAAGCGGCGAAGAGGGAUUACCUGAAGGCGCUGGCGGAGUACAAGUCCGGCCACGGGUCUCAGGCUCCCAUUGAAGUCAUGGACACGGCGCCCUCGCCUCCACCUCCGGCUCCAUCAGCCGCCCCCCCCCUCGCCCUCCGCUCCACCAGGUCCCAGCAGUACAACCCAGAGGAGAACACCAUCACCAACAUCUGCACCUCUAACAUCAUCCUGGACCUGCCCCAGGUCACCACGCGCUCCCGCACGGGCGCCAACAAACCCCAAGCUCCGCCUCCCGCACCGAACCCCCCCACCGUGACAAAGAUCAUCAUCAAACAGACGCAGUUGCCCUCCGGCGCUGUAACGGUCACGGCGACGGCGGCCUCGUCGCCACGCCAGCCGCCUCCUCUGCAGCAGAUGCAGAGCACGCCUCCUCCGCCGCGGCUGCAGCAGAUGGUCCACGCCCAGGCUCCUCCCCCUCUGCAGGCCAAGCCGCGAGGCGGGGGGGCAGCGGCGGCCACCGCGCCUCCACCGCUACAGAUCAAGGUCGUCGCAUCGUUGCGACAGUCGGAUUCAAUCACGCCGAUGAUUAUGGGGGGGGAAACGCCUGCGUCCCCGACUCUGAUGAUGGAGCUGGGACAGUCGGCGGCGGUGGUGACAGGACGAGAGGAAGUGGCAGAUGUAGAAGAAGGGAUGGAGGUGGAGCUGAACGUCGCCCCCGGCCUGAGCCUGACUCCGCCCUCCAGGCCCGACAUGUGCCAGCGAGCCGGCUGCACCAACCCGGCUGUGGAGAGCAGCGACUGGGACAAGGACUACUGCAGCAACGAGUGCGUGGCCACACACUGCAGAGACGUGUUUAUGGCCUGGUGUGCCAUCCGGGGGCGGAGCUUCACCGCCGUCACAUAGGGGACGGCCCAGCUGACGUCGGAGUGACACACAAGAGACAAAGAUGAUACAUGAAAUGCAAAUGAACAGAGGAAUAACUGAAUGAAUGGAUGAAAGCCAGAUCGGGCUCAGGUACCUGCAGGAGUGUUUUUUGUUGUUUUGUUCAUCAUGUCCCGACAGAUGAGAGAACAGUCGAAACAGGAAGUGCUUUCAAAGUGUUAUGGUAAACUUCCUGUGACGCUCUCAUCCGGCACAAACGACUCCAGCUGAAUUUUUUUUUAACAAAUGCAUCAGUCGGGACAGACGGCUCAUAAUGAGAUGACUGGAUAAUUUAAUAAUAUGGACGGAAACAGAAAAGGAGACUCUGCUCUGCUGCUGUUGAUCAUGUGUUGUGAAUUUAAAAUAUGGACGUGAGGAAAGAAAAAUCUAACAUUUUAUAUGUACUUAUUGUGUUUUUAAUUAUUUUGAACAGGAAAAAAAGUGCAGGAAGGAAAUUGUGAUCCUGCAAAUGUGUUUCAGUUUAUUAUAUUGAUUUAAAGAAAUUCUUUACUGUUACACUGGGGACAUUUUGUUAUUCAGUUAUUUAUGGGCAUUUCUGCGUUGACGGGCCGGAGGAUUUAAUUCAACAGAAAUUUGAACAACCAAGAAGUGGGCCAAGCACAAACCGUCUUAAAGCUAAACUGGAGUCGGACAAGGGGUAAAAAAAUAUUUGUGAGAAGUAAUUUUGAGUCAAAUACUGUGUCACCUUUAAAAGCCACGAUGGUGGAAACUGGAAACUUUUAAAAAAAACAGGUGCUAAGAUUCAGGGACAGAAAUCCCUCCGAGGUUCUCUGCUCCUCCGCUGCUCAAUCACCCGGUGACGUAAGAGGGUUUUUACUCAUGUGGUGCUUCUUUUGUUUUUAUGAGGAACAUUUGUGGUGAAAAGAAAUAACAAUAUUGGAGUGAAACGAACACACACCAGCUCUGACAACACUACUUCCUGUGAGAGGAACGGGAAUAAGAGUCGGAACUCUGUGAACAUGACGAAGAACAAACUGUUCCCGGAUGAAAUGAUGAGUCUGGUUCACUGUAGAUAUCCUGGGAAUGUUAUCAAUGGUGAAAUAAAAUAUUUUAUGUUUUAAUAUA